AUGGAUCGACACUGCUUCUAUACAACCCAGUCUACAAAAAUGUCGAACACUUCCAUUAAUUCACCCGACCCGACCCCAUACAGCUCUCCCAAAAGAAAACAAACAACAACAAACGCAUCAAAAACAUUCCCUCUCUUCCCCUUCCUCCCCGCCGAGCUCCGACACCAAAUUUGGCAAUUCGCCCUUCCAGAACCCUCCCACCCUCCCUCCGCCUUACUCCCCCACAAAAAGGGCUGCUGGGUCGCCAAACCCAUCCCCUACACCGGGGAAUUGGGACAAGUCAACGACCCCAAUGGCAACUACGAAAUAAUAUUCGACAUGGGCCUUCUGGACCACGUACAGAUCCAUACUCCCCUAUUACACGUGAACAGCGAAUCCCGAGCCAUUGCGCAGAAAUGGGCGUCAAAUGUGACUGCUCCACGAAGAAACCGCCUCAGUGAAAAGCAGAUUCAAGAUCAAAUGUACAAUGAUGAUGAUAGUAGCGAAUAUAUACCCCCCUUCUCCCGCCAAUUCGACAUAGACUGCGACCUUCUCUACCUCGUCCCGGACAACAUUGUGGAUCUGAUCCUUGGGGCAGGGGAUCGUCUCGAGCAGCCCGAUAUGAAUGGCAAGGCGGCGAGAGUGGUGUUUUCGUUGCCGUUGGCGGGGGUGAGUGAGGAGGUUAUUUGGUUGAAGGAUGAGACGCUUAUGGAGGAAAUCAUGGACUUAUUUUCGAUCGUGGGACUGAUUCAUCUUGUGGUGGGGGAGCAGCCGAAGUGGAUGGAGGGUGGAGUGCAGAGGUGGUGGGAUUUGGAGUGGGUGUCCAGGAGGGCGUUUGUUUGGCAGUGGAUGGAGAGUAAGUUUGUGGAAACGGGGGGAGCGAGGGUUGAGAGGGAUGAGGUGUACGAGAGGAUGAUUUUUUGGUGUGAGCGGAUGGGGAAGGUGUUGCAGAAGAAUAAUAGGACAAGGUUCGAGAUGAGGAUUAUCCGCAGCGCGGAAAAGGCCUCCCAGCUCCAAGCCCUCCGUCCAGAUAUACCCUCGCACCGGCUCACCAUCAAGAUUGUCCCUGACAUCUCCCAACUUUCCGCCUUCGACUCCGCCGUGGUCAAUGAUCCCCCUCUGACAGGGGUAAUCCACACCGCGAGCCCCUUCCACUACAGCAUCGACAACAUCAAAAAGGACAUGCUCGACCCGGCUGUCAACGGUACCGUUGGGAUCCUCCGCUCAGUGCAUAAAUAUGCGCCCACCGUCAAGAAAGUUGUGAUUACGUCGUCGUUCGCGGCGAUGUGGAAUCCCAGUAAACCUGCUGGGAGCAAGUACUCCGAGAGUGACUGGAAUAAGGUCACGUGGGAAGAGGCGGUUAGUCCUGCGAACGCGCAGGGGCAGGCAGGGUAUCGGACGAGUAAGGCGCUUGCGGAGCGGGAAGCGUGGGGGUUUAUGGAGAGGGAGAAGCCGUCGUUCGGGUUGACUGUUAUGAAUCCGUCGUUGAUAUUUGGACCUGUUGUGCCAGGGUCGUUGAGGAAUCUGGGGGAGGUGAAUACGUCGAAUACGAGGAUUAGGGAUUUCGUGGCGGGCAGGUUCAAGGAGAAGUGUCCUCCUACUGGGAGUGCGUUUUGGGUGGAUGUUAGGGAUGCGGCGAUGGCGCAUGCGGUGGCGUUGGAGAAGGGAGGGGAGACGGAUGGGAAGAGGUAUUUCUUGACUUCUGGGUCGUUUUGUAAUAGGGAGAUUGUGGAGGUCAUUGGGGAGGAGUUUCCGGAGGUUAAGGGGGGGUUGCCUGUGGGUGAGGCGUUGAGGGAUGGAGAGUAUCCUGAGGGAGGGCCGAAGUAUGGGUUUGAUAAUGGGGCGUCGGUUAGGGAUUUGGGGUUGGUUUAUCGCGGGUUGAGGGAGAGUGUGAGGGAUACGGUGCUUAGUUUGAGGGGGGUUCCUGAGUAA